UCGUUUCCGUUUUCUUGUCAGGCCAGUUUCCGGGCCCGCCAUGAUGUUCAGAAGACAACGAGGAGCAACUGAAAGACCGUCUGAAAUGGAUGUUAUGGAUUUAAAACAACGAAAAUUAUAGUUUAGAAAGAGAUAAUUACCGUCGUGUUGGAUAAGAAACCCUAAGCUAACUGAUUAUUAAAGUGUUUACUUCCAGUGGCCGUUUUCUAACCAGUUAACUAGUGAGUGUAAAAUAAGGUUAUAUCUGCGGGUAGUGUUUUUUGUUUUGACCGGUAGGUACACGGACCAGGGCCGCAGAUCUCCUCCUCUCCUCGGAGGAUCCACAGCGUUUCCUGCGUGGACUGCAACUCCGAAAAAAGGAUCGUUUUGAAGGACUUUUAUUUUAUUUGGACGUUUUAAUUUUUUUUCCUUCCCCCCCUCCCACCCCCCCACCCCCCAGACGGAUUGAAGAAGAUUUGAUUAUUUUUAUUUAUUUAGGACUUUACGCCGUUUUCCGGCGGAAGAGCGACGCUUACGGGCCUCGCAUGGACUCCUAACCGCGACCCCGGUGCCGCGCUGCUUUCCGCAGCCACAAGGCCCGUUGUUUCCGCGAGAGAGACUCUCUUACUGACUGUAAUUAAAAUAACCGUGAGAAGAAAAAAAACAACCUCGUAAUGGACACUUGUGGAACUGUACUUUUUUCUUGUUGUUUUACCGGACACUUAAUUAACGAACUGACCGGGUUGUUAAAGACUCUGCUUGCGGGUGUCCCGGUCUGUCACUACUAGUAGUUUGGUGUCUUUGACGCAAACAGCUACAAGGACUAUCUGUGAAUACUUCCUCUUAGUUCAUUGCCUGUUUUCCCUUCGAUAUUAUCUUAUUAUAGAAUAAUCUGGUAGUCCCCCCUCCACCUUUAGUCUCAGAUCAUAUCUACUACUGGUUAUUGUUAUUUCUUAACUAACGUGUUGUUUUCCCCCUCCUUUUGUCUUUUGAGUUUAAAAAAAAAAAAAAAAAAGUGAUUAGUUGUGAGAAUGUCGUGUGUUCAUUAUAAAUUCUCGUCCAAACUGGACUACAACACCGUGACCUUUGACGGGCUGCACAUCACCCUGGCCGAGCUGAAACGGCAGAUUAUGGGCAGAGAGCGCCUCAAAGCCACCGACUGCGACCUGCAGAUCACCAACGCACAGACCCGUGAAGAGUACACUGAUGAGGAGGUUCACAUCCCCAAACACUCAUCAGUGAUCGUCAGACGCACCCCCAUCGGAGGGGUCAAACCAGCGGGCAGAACGUUCAUUGUUGACCGUUCUGACAUGGCUGCUGGAUCCUCCAGACCCACCGACUCUUCACCGUCCGUCUCCCUGGCCCAGCUCUCUAAGACUGCCAACCUAGCGGAGGCCAAUGCAUCAGAGGAUGACAAGAUCAGAGCCAUGAUGUCCCAGUCCAACAGUGAAUAUGACCCCAUACAUUACUCUAAGAAGGCCAUAGGACCGCCUCCUGCACAUUACACCUGCUAUCGCUGUGGCAAGAACGGACACUACAUCAAACACUGCCCCAUGCAGAUGGAUAAGAGCGUAGAGGCCCCUAAGCCAAUCAGGACCAGUAAGGGAAUCCCUCAGAGCUUUAUGGUGAAGGCUGAACCAGGAACAAAAGGAGCCAUGUUGACCAGCACUGGAGAAUAUGCUAUUCCUGCUAUAGACGCGGAGGCCUAUGCUCUGGGUAAGAAAGAACGUCCCCCCUUUGUUCCUCGUGAAGCGUCAUCGUCUGAAGAUGAGGCUGAUCCAAUCCCUGAUGAGCUGCUCUGCCCCAUCUGUAACGACCUGAUGAAUGAUGCUGUGGUCAUACCCUGCUGUGGUAACUCCUACUGCGACGACUGUAUCAGGACCAGUCUGCUGGACUCAGAGGAACACACCUGUUUCACCUGCAAACAGUCUGACGUCUCACCUGACGCUCUCAUCGCUAACAAGUUCCUACGACAGGCAGUGAAUAACUUUAAGAAUGAGUCUGGUUACACCAAACCAGCACGAAACAAAACCCUGCAGCAGUCUGCCCCGCCCCCAGCACGGCCUCAGCCAUUCAGAACCCUCGGCUCACGCCAGCAGGACCCCCUAUUGGCCAACACUCGCCAGCAGGACCCCCUAUUGGCCAGCACUCGCCAGCAGGACCCCCUAUUAGCCAGCACUCGCCAGCAGGACCCCCUAUUGGCCAGCACUCGCCAGCAGGACCCCCUAUUGGCCAGCACUCGCCAGCAGGACCCCCUAUUGGCCAGCACUCGCCAGCAGGACCCCCUAUUGGCCAGCACUCGCCAGCAGGACCCCCUAUUGGCCAGCACUCGCCAGCAGGACCCCCUAUUGGCCAGCACUCGCCAGCAGGACCCCCUAUUGGCCAGCGCUCGCCAGCAGGACCCCCUAUUGGCCAACGCUCGCCAGCAGGACCCCCUAUUGGCCAACGCCUCUCGCCCCCAGCCUCCCUCACUCCUCCUGUCACCCUGACACAAAGCCUGCCCAUUCAGACCCCACCGAUGGGACCGCCUGAGGUGUCAAUCUCUCCUGACCCCGCCCCUGAACCACACCGGGCGGAGCCACGGCACUUGGCCAAUCACAACGAGCCACCGCCUCCAG